AGAGAGGGAGAGAGAGAGAACAUGAGCUUUGUCCCUGCUGAUCAUUUAAUCGCCGAGAUAUCGUUCAGACAUCUCGAAAACUUCUGUUUAGAGUCCGUCAUCGUUUUCUGCCAGUCGCGUCGCACAGAUAGUUGCUAACCUAGUCGAUCCGUCAUCAGUGUUUUUCUGCUUUUAUGGGGAGGGUUUAUGAUCAAGUGGUCGAAAAAGAAGGGGGUUUAGAGAAAUGAGCCACUUCUUGUCGGCUGAAGUGAGACUCGCCACAGCCACGUAACAUUUCUCCAGUCUGGAGUAUGAUGAUAAUGAUGAUGAUGUUGGUGGUUCCUUGGUAGUGUCUCAUCUACCAGUCCGGGGUCCGAUCUUGCUGGUUGGUGAAAAUGAUCUCGGGGAUCCCGAUGCGUCUCAUGUGGCUUUAAUUUGAGCAGAUCAGUGGCAGAGUAGAGACUGGUGUGUUGGCACUGGAGCUCAUUUUGGCAUCGGCAAUGAGGCGACUGGCAGGCGGGAUAUUUAUCUAGAUAGAGACGAGGGAUGAUAAUUGCAUGUUUAUUUAAGUAGAACGCUGGUGUUUUGAUGGACUAGUUCAUCAGACCGCUGGACUUUUAACAUACAGUGGCGUAUAGAUCCACGCUUGAUCUCACAGCUCAGAUCGUUAAAAUCCGAAUGGCUGUGUGCCAGAUCGAUAGCUAACCGAUGUCUAAGGGACGAGUUUUUAAGUCUAAACAAAGAUCUGAAGACGGAAGACGGACCGCGGGCAUCCUGGAGGGGAUCACGGUCUCUGUGACCAACAUGAAACCUGACAGAGAUUGUCACCAUAGAAGAGCGCUUCACCAACCAGAUGCCGCUGAGGAGUUCUUUGAAUAUGAUGCUGAGGAGUUUCUGGUGUUCCUGACGCUGUUGAUCACAGAAGGACGGACUCCAGAAUGCUCAGUAAAGGGGCGGACAGAGGGCGUUCACUGCCCACCCGCUCAGUCAGCUAUGCCGGUCCUCACCAAACAUGAAUGCAGUGACAAAAUACCACAGUGUCGUCAGGCAAGAAGAACAAGAUCAGAAGUCAUGCUUCUGUGGCGCAAUCACAUCCCUAUAAUGAUCGAGGUGAUGCUGCUUCCUGAUUGUUGCUAUAGUGAUGAAGGCCCAACCACAGACUGCACAGACCUAAACGACCCAGCAAUAAAGCAAGAUGCGCUCUUACUCGAAAGAUGGACUUUACAGCCAGUUCCCAGACAGAGUGGAGAUCGAUUUAUUGAGGAGAAGACCUUGCUGUUGGCGGUGCGCUCCUAUGUGUUUUUCUCCCAGCUCAGUGCGUGGCUCAGUGCCUCUCACGGAAUUGUACCAAGAAACAUUCUUUAUAGAAUAAGUGCAGCUGAUGAAGAACUGAUAUGGAAUUUCUCACAAACACCCUCUGAACAUGCUUUCCCUGUCCCAAAUGUGUCGCAUAGUGUCGCUCUGAAAGUGCGGGUUCAGUCUUUGCCUCGCCAGCCUAGAUACCCUGUACUCAAAUGUAGCAUCCACUCAGGUCUAGCUUUUUUGGGUAAGAGAGCCCUAGAGCAUGGCGAGGGUGGCAACCAAGCAGGAGACAACCGCAGUUCCCUUCGUCUGCCAAGAUCUCCACUCUUCUCCAGGCCUCUACAUCCUUCUCCACCUUCCCACAGUCCUCUUAACACUCGUAAGUGUCCCCCUCGUCCUGAGUCCCCUCUCCCACCAGGCAAAGCAGUCAAAUGGCUGUACUCUCGUCUAAAUGGUGGUGUGGACACCCCCCCUUCAGAAACCUAUAGCUUGUGUACUAAUGGGGCAGAGAGCCCAAAGACUUCAAGAACCGAAUCACCAAUUCGUGGUUUUAAAUCACUCUCAAUCACAGACCCAUUAGUGACCCCCAGCCCAAGCCCCAGCUCCAUCUCAGGUGAAACCAACCCCCUUAUUGGCUCCUUGCUUCAAGAGAGACAGGAAGUCAUUGCUCGAAUUGCUCAGCGACUUAAUUUCUGCGACCCUACAGCUCCCCAUCUCCCCGAUGCUCUCUUCACUUCUCAAGAACCCCCAGGACACAAAACGACCUGGAACUCAACACAGGAUAAGGAGCGUUUAAAGAAAUCCAAAGAUCCCCUCUUCCCAGUCCCCCAGCCUCAAAAUCAUAACGGAACCAGUCCAGAAAUCCCUGAGAGGAGCAGGUCUUCUCUCUUUGACACCCCCUUGAGCCCUAGAGCCAGAACUCGGCUGGAUAGAGUUCACAGUGAAUCAAAAACUUCCCCAAAACCUUCAACAUGUAGGCGCUUGGUGCUUAGUGACCAGUCUGCAGAGGGUUCUCUAAUUGCAGAUGCUGUUCAGGACAUCUCGAGGUUGAUUCAGGAGCGACUGCAACAUUCCUACAGUCUCCUGAAUGGCACCUAUAAAUUAAAAACUUCUCAAAAUGAGCAGGUUGGCUCAAAUCAUGGAGCCCAACCAAAUGGCUUUGUAUCACCAUUAAGCCAUAAGAAGCCUACAAAUGCACCCAAUGGUGAGGAAAGCACAGAUCCUCAUAUUUCUCAUGCAACAAAAUGUUGCAGAUCUCCUGACUCUAGUCGCAGGAAGCGAGACUGUUCUCCUAGACCACUAAAAGUGGCCAGUUCAAAACUUGAAGACCACAGCGUCACAAAAUCACAGCCUUUAACAGCAAGUAAUCACCAACACUAUGUCAGUAGAGAGUCCUGGACCUCCUUGAAAAACAACUCUAGCCAUGCAAGUUCUCCUCAGGAGAAUGGACUGACCCAAAUUGGAUACCAUCAGCCCUUCAAGAACCGAGUGGCAAUCAGUGAGAAAGAAGCAGAUAAACACGUCCGGGAUGGUUCCACUUGUCUUGAGAAAGAUGAGAAUCAAGAACCCUAUUCAUACCCUUCUAGCACACCAGCCAACCUUACUUGCAACAUCUCCAGUCCUGCCCUUGCCCCCACAGAGAGCAAUCUAACAAGAUGCUCCCUCACCCCUCUGAAGUCAUGCGGUAACUGGAAGAAACAGAAUCGUCACUCCAUAGACGGCACCGCAACGAAAGCCUUCCACCCCUGCACAGGCCUACCUCUCCUCUCCAGCCCUGUUCCUCAAAGAAAAAGCCAGACAGGAUAUUUUGAUUUAGACACGUCUCUGAUUCAUUGCAAAGGUGUACCAUGGGCUGCCAAUAGGAGGGUUUUGAAAAGAUCACAAGACUAUGAUGAGUCUCAGCAUCAGAUCCUCAGUGCCAGCGCUCCACCCGCCAACCUCAGCCUCUUGGGUAACUUUGAGGAGUGUGUUCUGAAUUACCGUCUGGAGCCGCUGGGCACUGUUGAGGGUUUUACAGCAGAAGUGGGUGCCAGUGGGACCUUCUGCCCCAGUCACAUGACUUUACCUGUGGACGUGUCAUUCUACAGCGUCUCUGAUGAUAACGCACCUUCCCCAUACAUGGGUGUCAUAAACUUGGAGUCACUCGGUAAGAGGGGAUAUCGAGUACCUCCUUCAGGAACCAUUCAAGUGACCUUAUUUAACCCCAAUAAGACGGUGGUGAAGAUGUUUGUGGUGAUGUACGAUCUGAGAGAUAUGCCUGCCAGCCAUCAGACAUUCCUGCGGCAGAGAACCUUCUCAGUCCCAGUCAAACGCGAGUUCAACGGACAGAAUAACAAAAAGACGUCCUCACUGGGGCAAGGACGAACCCUCCGCUACCUCGUCCAUCUGAGGUUCCAGAGCUCCAAAUCUGGAAAGAUCUACCUCCAUCGGGACAUCCGGCUCCUUUUUUCCCGUAAAUCCAUGGAAGUGGACAGUGGUGCUGCCUAUGAGCUCAAGUCAUUCACAGAGUUACCUGCCGACCCUCCUUUCUCUCCCAGAUGCUAAUUCAAUCUAGUCUAUUCAGAGUUUAAUCCAGCGUAGGGGCCUUACUAAAUCUAAAUCUAAAUCCACCAUCCGCUUGUAUUGGAAUCCAAAAUAGAGAACCCCACUAACACACGUACACAUGCACAGAAGGACUGUUCACAUUAACGUCCCUUUCCUAAAAAUACACACCGUUGGGUUGUUGGGGUUUAAUUGUGUUUGGUUAAAAAAAAAUUGUAAUAAAACAGAUGGCUGGGAGUUUCAUUUAGGCUAAUUUCCUGACACUUGGCAUGGCGUGAACAAAAAAAAUCUAAAUAAAUGACUAAAUAAGUCCAUGGACCACUUUUUUAAUAGAGUCAAGAAACUGAAUAACUGCGAGGAUGUUUGAUGAGCACUGUGUUUUUUCUUUCUCUCACCACAACUGGAAGAAAAGGAGUUUUCGUUGGAUGAAUUCUUUCUUUGUACUGUUACCAAACCACUUUAAUCGGAAGUGUUGCAAUAGAAAAAAACUAAUAUCUUACUAGAUUAGUGUUUACAUAUUUACUUUUUUUUUGGUCAUCAGUUAUUUAAUAUUUAAAUCGAACUUUCAUCUACUGCACAUAUGAUGCCUGUUGUGCAAAACAUUAUGAUGUAGUGCAAAAUCUAUGUUUUAAUCAUACCAUGUAUUUUUGUCUUUCAAAUUCAGAUCUUAAAUAAAAGAAUUAUAUAUUAUAUCUAUAAAA